AUGAUUGCUGCUGAGGACCUGGGGAUCCUUUUGGUGCCCACAGUCGUAAAAAUCAUAGUUCUCAUCGCUUGCUCACCGGCUCCUCCCGAGAAGCGCAUUGCUGGGGUUUUGGGAUGCACCUGCCUUGUGUUGAUCUGUGUUAUUGUAGCUGUGAAGGUUAAAAUCGUAGAUACUAAAAAUUCAGAGCAGGAUGGUUUAUCCACAGCAACAGAGAGUCAGAAAGAAUACAGUUGUGGCCCUUGCCCACAGGGGUGGCUCACGUACUCCAACAGCUGCUAUUACUUCAGUCCUGAACCAAAAACCUGGAACGAGAGCGUGUCCGACUGUCAGAGAAACAACUCUCAGCUGCUCCUCAUAGACAAUGAUGAAGAAAUG